AUGACAAAUCACUAUCUAAAUCCUUACGAACAGGUUACCCAAGUGUAUCUUCAUCAAUUUGCCCUUGUUCUUGUAUUAAUAAUUUUGAAAAUUUUCUUCUUUACUAAAACCUUAGUAUCAAGUUUGAAUUUUGCUAAUCAACAAUCUCUAACCCUUUGUAAUCUUGCUAAUACUUAUUCAAAUAACCUAGCAAAUUUACCAAAUAAACUUUCCCUGGUGACAAAUGGUUUAAUAUCAAGUUUUUUGUCUUCUUUUGAAAGCCAAUGUAAACAAUUUGUUACCAUCAUUCUGAAAAUAGUUAAAAAUCUCAUCAUUUUUUAUAUUGAUAUUUAUCUUGGUACUUAUACUUGUUUACUAUCAGCUAGUAUUCAUGGAACUUUGAAUUUUGUCCAAAACACUAUCACCUCAAUAGCUCAUUCAGUUAAUACCUCAGUCAAUGCUAUAAUAACAGAGUUACAGUCGGGUUUGGGUGAAGUUUCCUCAAUAAUCAACACUGUUUUAAAAUCUUAUCAGUCCAUUAAAACUUUAUUUUCUUCUAAGCCAGAUGACAUAACCUCUUCAAUUUCUAGUGUCAAUCUAACCAUUAGUAACUUGAAUCAUAUCAAUAUCUCAGCUACUUCGGUCGUUUCUGAUAUUAAUGACUUGAAUGAUAAUUUACCAGAUUUUAAAAAUUUAACUAGCAAAACAAUUGAUUUUAUCACGGCUCCCUUCUCAGAUAUACUAGUAAAUAUUACAUCUUUGAAUAAUACUUCAAAAUCACUUCCCACUAUAAAAUCAGCUUCUCUAACUCAAAUUUGUUCUCCUAGUGAAAUAUCCCAUUUUUAUACAAAAAUUAAUGCUACCAUUACUAAAACUUCAAAUUAUAUUAUCAUUGGAUUAUCAAUUCUAUUAUUUUCUUUUCUAAUAUUGUUAUCAUACAUCCAGUUCCACAAAUAUAAUAGGUUCCUCACUUUAAUUGAUAAAAUCGCCUUGGCUAAUCACCAUGUUCAGAUCGGGAACCUCAUAAAUACUUAUUCGAAUCCCUUAUUGUAUAACCUUGAAAAUUUUUCAUUCUUCAAAACUUUACAAGAUUCUGUUCAUUGGUUUCUUAGUUAUAUUUUUUCUCCUUUAGCCUUAACUCCUUUACUAAUCAGUCUUGCCGGUCUCAUCACUGUUGGACUUCAAUUCUUAAUCUUGAGAAUUUCUUCCAAUCACCUAUCAGCAAUCACUUUUAAUACACUAGCUGAUUUAUCACAAAGUACCUCCAAGUACGUCAAUGAUGUAAAUCGGUUUCUAUUGGAAGAGCAAGAUGACUUGAAUAAUCAACUUUUUGGAGGCAUCUUAGAUAUAACUGAAUCUUUGAACAAUACUUUAUCUAAUUUCAUGGAUGAUCUAACUACUACCAUAAAUACAAUCUUUGGCAAAACUCCUUUAUCGUCUCCACUAAAUACAAUAGUGUAUUGUACAAUCGGUAAGAAAAUUGAGCUGUUCGAAAAAGGAGCUAAUUGGUUGAAUGAAAAUCUAAACCUUUCAUUACCCAUAAUUCCAUCUUCUGAGUUUAGUUCAUUACUGAAAAGAAGUGAAAAUACAGUCGAUGAUAUUCUUGAUAGCAUGAAUUCGAGUAUACAAUCCUUAAUUUCUUCCUAUAAAAAAUCUCUAUCGCUCGAAUUAUAUAUUCUGUUAGGCUUUCUUGGAAUUUGGAUCUUGCAAGUACUUAUUGGAUUAUUCAUACUAAUGAUAAAAGCAAAAUCCACGAAAAGACCAAAAACUGAUGCCUUUCUUGAAUCUCCCCAAGAGACAAAGCAAGAAACACAUCAUAAGACAAUAAGUAAUCCUAUUCCUUUAAGUGAUCUAGAAAAACAUCGUUAUGGAAAUAGCCGAUAG